AUGAGGAGUGUGUGGUGUUUGGUGGUCCUGACGCUGCUGGUGACGGUGGCCCAUGGACAAGACGACCGCCUGCCGGGGGAGAGCCGACCCAGUUCCCAGAGGGUCGACAUCACGGUGUACCGGGAGAACGAGGGGGAGCGCAGCUUCACCUUCGAGGGCCAGACGAGCGUGACAGUGGAGGUGGUGCGUGACACGGCGCAGCUGGUGCUGCACGCCGCAGUCAACGUCUCUUCCCUCGCAGUUCGGUACCAAGUGGGCGAUGUCAUCGGUUCCAGCUACGAGCAGCCUCAAGACGGCAGUGACUUCUUGGUAGUGUCACUCCAAGAGCAGGUGGCAGAGGGCAGCCUUUUGGUGCUGGACAUCGUCUUCAGUGCCAACAUCGGCAACAGGGAGCCUGGCUUCUCUCGCUAUGACUAUCAGGGGCGGGACGGGCAAGCGGCCGUAUAUGCGACGCAGUUCAUGCCGAACUACGCGCGACGAGCGCUGCCGUGCUACGACGAACCAGCGCUGAAGGCGCGCUACCAGCUCAACAUGCGGACCAAACCCCACCUGUAUUUCGAUUCCAACACUCGGAACAGAGCCGAUGAAUACGUCGACGCUGAGGGUUUCCGCGGCUACUACUUCCAACAGACGCCGCCGAUCAGCGCCUACCAGCUGUCGUGGGUGCUGCACGACAUGGUUGGCUUGGUCUCGUCUGAGGACACCAGUACUGUCGUCUGGCAAGUGACCUCCAGAAGCGACCAGUUCGGAUACGCGAGCCACAUGGGACCGCGCUCUGUUGCAGCUAUGGAGCAGCUGGUGGGCGUGCCCUACGCAAAUUACGAUAUCGACAAGAUGGACCAUAUUGCCGUACCUGGAUAUAUAGAGGAAGGAGUGAGCUGCUUGGGUAUCAUCACAUACACGGAGAGCAGUGUGCUGGUGGACGAUGACUACACAUCGGAGGCGACCAAGGAGCGAGUGCUGGGCAUCAUGCAACACGAGGCGGCCCACCAGUGGUUUGGAGGCCUGGUUAGCCCCAGCUGGUGGAACGACCUCUGGCUGACCGAGGGCUUCGCCUCCUACUUCCAGUGGAUCGCCGCGGCUCUGGUGCAGCCCUCGUGGCAGCUGCGAGAGGUGUUCGUGGUGAACACUGUGCUGCAGGCCGCCAUGCCAGCAGACGUCGUCCCCGGUAGCUAUCCGCUCUCCAAGAGCCCCAACAUCUCUGUUGAGCAGGCCUUCGACGAGUACUUCGAGGAGAAAGGUGCAUCGAUUGUCUGGAUGAUAGAGAACAUCAUGGGAUCAGAAGCAUUCUACAGAGCACUCAACAAGUAUCUCACACAAAACAUGAACAUGGACGUGUGGGAGGAUCUGCUGUUGGCGGCCUUUGACUCUGAGUCACCUGCAUCUUCCCUGCCAGAUGGCGGCUCCCUGUCCUCUGUGAUGCUGCCGUGGCUACAGCAGAGCGGCUUCCCGUUCAUCUCCGUCUCCAGGAACUACUCCGACGGAUCAGCUGUCAUAUCACAGGCACCGUACCUGUCACAAGUGGACGCCGUGUGGCCAGUGCCCAUCAGCUACACGUCCCGCUCUGAGGCAAACUACUCAGCGACUGCCCCACGGCUCUGGAUGCUGGGCUCUGAGCUGGUGGUGCCGGCUGUGGCCCAGCCAGAUGACUGGCUACUCCUCAACAUGAAUGUGACUGGCUACUACCGGGUGAACUACGACGAGCAGAACUGGGCGCUGCUGACAGCGCAGCUGCUGCGUGACCCCCUGGUGAUACCAGCUGUGGUGCGCGCGCAGCUGCUGGACGACGCGGCCAGCCUGGCAGGGGCGGGCCAGCUGCUGCCCGCCGGCACGGCCCUACAGCUCGCCUCCUACCUGCGCCUCGAGUACGGCUACAUCCCGUGGAGGGCCGUCCCUGGCGUCUUGCGGAAUCUCGAGCUUCUGGUCGACGAAGACGUGGCCGAGGACUUCAAGGAGUUCGUACUGUCCCUGAUCCAUCACAUGGCGAUCCUGCUGCGCUACCACGAGCGACCUGGAGAGGACCACACGACUCGCAUUCUGCGGGCCGUCAUUGUCAGCAUCGCGUGCAACUAUGGUGAACCGUCGUGUCUCAGCUCCAUGUACGAGCAGUUGCAACACUUCAUGGCUGCACCUGGCAACUCCAGCAACCAGGUGGGACCAGACUUGAAACGAGUCGUCUACUGCUACGGUGCACAGCAAGGUGGGAAAAACGCGUACAAUUUCCUCAUGGACCUGUACCAGACUACCGACAUCGUCUCUGAGCUGAACGACAUCGUGCUCGGCGCCACCUGCUCACAGUUAGUCGACGGGCUACGGCUGCUGGAGCUGACCGCCACUGGAGCCAAGGGCGGCUUCCGGAGAGAACACCUCCAGUGGCUGUUGGAGGGUCUGCUGCAGCGCCGACACACCCUUCCAUCCGCUCUCCAGUUCCUCAGCCGUGGCGCAAAUCUCCUCUCCAGGCCAGGUGAGAAGCAGGCGGCCAGGAAGUUGCUGAGGCAGGCCAUACUGGAGAUGCGCGACGACCAACUGCUGGAGAAGGUGCAGCAGGCAGUCGUCGCCCUGGAGGACGAGUCGCUGGUUGCAGCCGCACAGUGGCGCCAUGACGUCAUCGCCAAUGGAGCAGCCGCACGCCGCGAUGCAGCUCGCUGGCUCAAAGGAAAACCAUGGCGCCUCUGAAAUGGGGGACGGUCUGAAUCCCUGUGCCAUGCAGUCUACA